CGAACCACUGAUGUCACAUGGACUAGUUAAUGAUGUCCAUGUGAAUGUGUCAGUUGCAUUGGAGGGACAGAGAGCUCUCGGAUUUCAUCAAAAAAGUUAGUCUUGUUUUCUGAAGAUGAACGAACGUCUUACAGGUUUGGUAAAACAUGAGGGUGAGUAGUUAAUAACAGAAUUGUAAUACAGGGCGGGAAAAAAUGCAUUUAAACCCUGAUAUCAGAGUAAGAGCUGGAAAGACAGCUUGGUUGUACAUCCCUUAGGAUGUUAACUUUCUGCUGUGUGGCCUUAUUAACCUUACUCUUGAUACUGAAGUUAAUGAAGGCAAACUGAAUAUGAUGGCUUUGUGCAUUAAUAUUCAUAAUCUUCAGCCAUCUCUUAGACAGAAGCAGACACUAAACACAGUAAGAUGAGACACUGUGGAAAGAUGCUUUGGCGUUGUCCUCUGUAGAUGCUUGUAAUGAACCAUCAGUAUGCUGGAUGGAUCACACCUUUUGUUUUUUUUUUUUUUUUUUAAAUCAAACCUAUCUUGUCUCACUUUCUGUUCCCUGUGAUGCUAAUUUGCAAGCUUCUGCUUCUGCAUGCAAAAAUUUACUGAUGGCAGACAGAAAUGUGUCAUGCAAAAGUCGUCUGUAUAUUGUUCAGUAUAGUGUGACUUCAUUUUAUUUCUUUAUUUAUUUAAUUCAGGAGGAGGUAUUGGGAGUGAAUGGCAAUAAUAUGAAGUCUUUUAUUUUUUCCACUGAGCCAUUUCAACCAUUCAUCUUGCAUGUUUUAAUUCUCCUGUUCCCAUAGAGAUGCCUGGACCUCCUACCAACAUUGCCAUCUCUAACAUCAGCCCACGUUCAGUAACCCUGCAGUUCAAACCAGGCUAUGACGGCAAAACAUCCAUCUCACUCUGGCUGGUAGAGGCUCAGAUUGGUGUUAUCGGAGAAAACGAGGAGUGGGUCAUUGUCCAUCAGUUGGCCAAUGAGCCUGAUGCACGAUCUCUUGAGGUCCAGGGCCUGAACCCCUACACGUACUACAGAUUUCGAAUGAGGCAGGUGAAUAUAGUAGGAACAAGCCCACCCAGCCAGCCAUCUAGGAAGAUCCAGACCCUACAGGCUCCUCCUGACAUCGCCCCCGCAAACAUCACUCUCCGCACGGCCAGUGAAACCAGCCUGUGGCUCAGAUGGGUGCCGCUGCCAGAGUGGGAAUACAAUGGAAAUCCCGAGCUGGUGGGCUACAGGGUGCAGUACUCUCGUCUAGGCUCUAAGGCUGGGGUCCUGUCCCACAUCAUUCCUGACCGGCAGGAGAGGGAGUUUACCAUUGAGGACCUGGAAGAGUGGGCGGAAUAUGAAGUCAAAGUGCAGGCGUUCAAUGGCAUCGGGCCAGGACCAUGGAGCCAACCAGUUCACGGGAGAACCAGAGAGUCAGUCCCCUCAAGUGGCCCUGCAAAUGUUUCGGCUUUUGCUACCACCUCCAGCAGUGUCCUGGUCCGCUGGGGUGAAGUUCCAGAGACUGACCGCAAUGGACUAAUUCUGGGCUAUAAGGUGAUAUACAAGGACAAGGAUGCAGAGUCAGCCCUGCGUUUCUGGACAGUAGAGGGAAAUACCACUUAUAGUGUCCAGCUCACUGGUCUUGGGAAGUAUGUGCUUUAUGAGAUCCAGGUUCUAGCCUUCACCCGUAUAGGAGAUGGCAUGCCUAGUUCUCCGCCAAUCUUUGAGCGCACGCUUGAUGAUGUACCUGGGCCUCCAGUCGGGAUCCUUUUUCCUGAAGUCAGGACUUCCUCAGUGAGACUGAUCUGGCAACCCCCCGCCCAGCCAAAUGGCAUUAUCCUUGCAUAUCAGAUUGCUUUCCGGAAAAACUCCUCUAGUAUUACCUCUGCCAGCGUUGAUGUUCUCAACCCAAGUGCACGACAGUAUACAGCGACUGGACUGAAACCAGAGAGUGUUUAUGUAUUCCGCCUCACGGCCCAGACUCGAAAGGGAUGGGGAGAAGCAGCAGAGGCACUUGUGGUCACUACAGAGAAGAGAGCACACCCUCAACCCACAAGUCGUCCAGUUGUGCCUCAAGAAGAGGUCCAGGCCCGCAGUGUACUGUUGUCAUGGGAACCAGGCAGUGAUGGUCUGUCUCCCAUCCGAUACUACACCAUCCAGUACAAAGAGCUGCCCGACAGCAAUUGGACCGUCCACUCAGCAUCGGUCAACCAUGAGGCCACUUCAUACGUAAUAGACAAGCUCAAACCUUUCACUUCCUACCUGUUCAGAGUGAAAGCCACUAAUGAUAUUGGGGACAGCGAGUACAGCGAGGAGAGCGAGGCAAUUACCACUCUACAGGACGCACCCGACAAAGCUCCCACAAUCCUCUCUGUGACACCACACACCACCACAUCUGUGCUAGUCCGCUGGAAGCCACCCCCUGAGGAGGAGAUCAAUGGUAUUUUGCUUGGUUUUCGAGUACGCUACAGAGAACUGCGUUAUGACCGCCUACGCAGCUUCACAGUGCGCACAGUUAAUAACCCGUCUGCCAACUGGGCCGAGCUCACAGCCCCCUACAGCGUGAGGAACCUGACCGAAUCCUCACUUACCCAAUACGAGCUGGACAAUCUGAAUAAGCACAAGCGCUAUGAGAUCCGACUGAGCGUGUAUAACGCAGUAGGGGAGGGGCCCACCAGCUCGCCACAGGAAGUGUUCGUGGGAGAGGCGGUGCCCACUGCUGCACCCCAGAAUGUUGCUAUCCAGUCCUCAACAGCUACCCAGCUUGAUGUCACAUGGGACCCUCCUCCACUGGAGGCCCAGAAUGGGGAUAUUCAAGGCUAUAAGAUUUAUUAUUGGGAGUUUCAGCUGCAGAAUGAGACUGAGCGACUCCGCACUCUCUUUCUGCCGGAGCUGAGCGUGAAGCUGAAGAACUUGACUGGCUACACCACCUACAUGAUCAGCGUGGCUGCUUUCAACGCGGCGGGGGACAGCCCGCGCUCGCUGCCCACCAGAGGGCGCACUCAGCAAGCAGCUCCAAGCGCUCCCAGUUUUAUCCACUUUAGUGAACUCACCACCACCUCGGUCAACAUGUCAUGGGGUGAGCCCAAGCAGCCCAAUGGCAUCGUGGAAGGCUACCGUGUGGUCUAUGAGCCCUGCACGCCUGUGGAUGACUCCUCUCCUCACAAUUCAGGUGUCAGUAAGGUUGUCACUGUGGAUGUGAAGGGCAGCACUCCCUUGUGGAUGAAAAUCAAGGAUCUGGCAGACGGAGUGACCUACAACUUCCGCAUCCGUGCUAAAACCCUUACCUAUGGACCGGAAAUUGAAGCCAACAUCACCACUGGCCCUGGAGAAGGUGCUCCAGGGCCUCCGGGGGAGCCGUUUAUCUCUCGUUAUGGCUCGGCCCUGACUCUUCACUGGUCUAGCGGUGACCCAGGACGGGCUCCCAUCACACGCUAUGUUAUCGAAGCAAGACCAUCUGAUGAAGGACUGUGGGAUAUUCUCAUCAAAGACAUCCCUAAAGAGGUGACAUCCUACACUCUUAACCUGGAUACCCUCAGAGAAGGGGUCACCUAUGAUUUCCGUGUAAUUGCGGUGAAUGACUAUGGCUACGGUUCUCCAAGUGCUCCUUCUCCUUCAAUAUCAGCCCAAAAGGUCUCCCCCUUUUAUGAGGAAUGGUGGUUUCUGGUGGUUAUUGCUCUCGUGGGCCUCAUUUUCAUCCUUCUGCUCAUCUUCAUCCUCAUUAUACGGGGACAGAGCAAGAAAUACACCAAGAAAACAGACUCAGGUGGCCUCUCGAAUUGCACAUCUCUGCCCCUCUCCCAUGGAGAGAUGGUACAGCUGGAUGAAGGACGCUUCCCUGCCCUGGAGCUCAACAACCGUCGACUCUCAGUCAAAAAUUCCUUUUGUCGUAAGAAUGGAAUAUACACCCGGUCUCCACCACGGCCCAGUCCAGGCAGCCUGCAUUAUUCUGAUGAAGAUGUCAGCAUCAAAUACAAUGACUUGGUCCCAGCCGAGAGCAGCAGCCUGACCGAGAAGCCUUCAGAAGUGUCUGACUCACAGGUGAUUCAACCCAACAAGGGCAGCGAUAGCGAAUACGAGUUGGAUCCAAGCCGGCAGAAGACACACUCCUUCGUCAACCACUACAUUAGUGACCCCACCUACUAUAAUUCCUGGCGUCGGCAGCAGAAGGGCGUCUCUCGGCCUCCGGCGUACGGCUACGCCCAACCCGACACAGUAGCGGAGCAAGAGUCCCGCCCCCACCCGCCCCCACUGCCACCGUUACCACCUCUGCUACCCCACAGCAAUCCAUCCCCGCAUCCCCAGGGCCAGGGCACCCUGUUCAGGCCCAAGGGCAGCCGGACUCCCACCCCGUCACUGCUGACCUCUGACAGCCCAAGCCAGCACACCCUGUACAGGCCCCCUAGCAGCCUGGGCACCUCCGCCCAGGUCCCGGCCACAGGAUUCUCCUCAUUUGUUUGAUACCAGACUCUCAUUCCAAUGACAACACACCUGGGAGGGACUCCUGCAGCAUUAUUGGUCUGUAAUUCCUUUUUCCGCUACACCUUGUUGGACAUCAAGAUCUGCUUUUGGAUUUCAUUUUUCCAGGUGUGCAGGUGUACUGUGGGUUUUUAUGUGGGUGCAAGAGCAUCGAAACGUAGACAAUCAUUCUGAAGGGAAUCGUUCGUUGAUUGUACAUUUUAAAAUACAUUAACUUCAUCAUUCACUGAAAAAUAAAUUUUGUGCCCAAAAUGUUUUUUUUUUAAAAAACGACAAAAAUGGCUUGACCGCUUAUAAAGUGGAGUCCAAAAGUUUUUUGAGACCAUCUGGAGUUUUCUUUUUUCUUUUGAAUUUUUCAAGUUUCAUGUAAGUUUUAGUACUUUGAAAUAUUUAAGACAAAGAAAAGACAAGGCUAACGGCCUCGUACUGUUGGACCCCACUGUAAAUGUUUAAACAAACUGCAUUUCACAUAAUGCUCCAGAUUUCCCGAGCUCAUCUCUAUCAUUCUGUUUCUGUGAUAUCGCUCUGAUGUCUUUCACGCAGAAAUCAACGACAGAAUAUUUAUGAAAAGCUAGUGUCAAGUUAGUGUCAGUUUCUUUAAACUGAAAAAAGAGAGAAUUUUCAGCUCCUUAGACAACAGACUGGGUUAUAUGUUUCACAUUUUACAUUGUUCAUAAUUUACCCUGGGUUAAAAAAAAUGUAUCAUGGUAUUCAUAAACAGACAUUUCAUAAACCCUGGGUUAAUAUCACUAUCAGUGUCACUGAUUUGACAAAUGCAGCACAAUAUGGAAUUUCUGUAGAAUUCAUGCAGGAUUAUUUUUAUUUCUUUUCUCUUUUUUUGCUUAUUAUUUGCUUAUGUCCAGCCAAGGAGAAGCUGCAAAGGAAAAGGCCUGUGUCAUAAUUUUCAUUCCACUUUGAUACAUUUGGAAUGGAAUUUGACUCAUUAUGUGACUAAAUUUGUUUUUUCUACAUUAUUUAUCUUCAGUAUUGGGUCCAUGUUUUUGUACAGUUUGUUGAGGAUCGCCACCCAUUAGUUGGUGCUACCAUCAUCAAACAUCAGUUUUCAAACCCAUGGACAAAAAAGAACGGGUUCUGUCACUUUUCAUAGAAAAUAACAACCUAUUCCCAUCAAACAAUGCAAAAUAUAUGGAUGUAUUAAUCAUGCAUUUGCAUUAAGCAAAGUCGAACAAAUGUGAAUUUGUGCCAAUAUCAGUCUCUAAGAAAGUUUUUCUGCUUCUGAAACCAACCGAACACUGAGGAGCAGAAAAGGAAACAUAAAUUUUAUAGCGAUAUGGAAUUUCAAUACAAGGCCACUUGCAUUUAUUUUAGCAAAUGAUGUCUCAUCUGUAAUGGCUUCAAGGAUAUAAUAAUGCCUUUGGAAAAAGAAAAGAAAAUGAUGAGUAUCUUAAAGAAAUAGUUUACGCAAAACUGUUUCUGUCUUCUGUUGAACACAAAAGAAGAUAUUUUGAAGAAUGUUGGGAAUCACAAU